CUCCUGUCGCCCCAGGAUCUUCUUCGGGAAGAACAAAGUCAUGAUGGUGGCGCUGGGACGCGAGCCAAGCAGCGAAUACAAGGAGAACCUGCACAAGGUCAGCAAACACCUGCGAGGUGAAGUCGGUCUCCUCUUCACGAACCGCACCAGGGACGAGGUGGACGAGUGGUUCUCCAAAUUCAAGGAGGUGGACUUUGCCCGCGCAGGGAACAAGGCGACGUACACGGUGAGCCUGGACACGGGGCCCUUGGAGCAGUUCCCCCACUCCAUGGAGCCUCAGCUACGGCAGCUGGGAUUGCCAACGGCGUUAAAGAAAGGAGUGGUGACGCUACUUUCAGACUACGAAGUCUGCAAAGAAGGGGACGUUCUCACCCCUGAGCAAGCCCGCGUCCUGAAACUCUUCGGCUACGAGAUGGCGGAGUUUAAAGUCACCAUCAAAUUUCUGUGGAAUUCUGAGACGGGAGACUUCCAGAAACUUGUGGGAGAUGCAGCAGAGGACGAGGAAGAGGAGGAUGACGGUGAUGAUGACAGCAAUGAGGACUAGCAGCAGUCCUUGCGCUUGGACUCUAUAGACAGUUCUACUCUAUUUUAGAGACAAAAAGAGGAGGAUUUUUCCCUUCCCUGUUUGCACCCAGAGGACAAGGGUGAUCAGCUCCAACAUGCUCUUUGUAAAAGAUGACCC